AUGGCCUCGAGCUUUUCUCUACCCUCUUUCUUUUCUUUGUUGCCUUCUACUUCGUCGACGGCCUGGCUCUACUCGGUCCUCAUGUUGUCGCUGCUGCAACUCGCGUGUGCCCUGGUGGUGCCGCCUCUGUUGAACCAAGCCGGGGCCAACCCGGUGCCCCAUGUUCAACAGAAGUAUGCCCCCGAUUCCCUGGGGGCCGUGGCCAGUGAGAGCAACAUUUGCAGCGGGAUUGGCAUAGAUCUCUUGCGGCAGGGCGGGAAUGCAGCGGAUGCAUUGGUCGGCACCGUCUUCUGCAUUGGCGUUGUCGGCAUGUACCACAGCGGCCUCGGUGGUGGAGGGUUCAUGAUCGUCCGCAGCUCAAAUGGCAGUUAUGAGUUCAUAGACUUUAGAGAGACGGCACCGGCUGCCGCCUUCCAAGACAUGUACAACAACAACACCAAUGCCAGCAUUUUUGGAGGCCUAGCCAGUGGAGUUCCAGGCGAGGUUCGAGGGCUCGCGCAUCUGCACCAAAACUAUGGCAAGCUUCCCUGGAAGCAAGUCAUGCAAGGUGCAAUCAAGACCGCAAGAUAUGGCUGGUCGGUGAGCCAAGAUCUCGUGAGGUACAUGAAGUCGGCAAAUGCCUCUGCGCUGGUGCCCAACUUCCUCGUGGACGACCCGAACUGGGCCCUUGACUUUGCCCCCAAUGGUACUUUGGUCGGUCUGGGCGACACCAUCACUCGAAAGAGAUAUGCAGACACCCUGGAGACGAUUGCAGAGCAAGGACCAGACGCCUUCUACAAUGGACCUAUUGCAGAAGCCACCAUUGCUGCCUUGCAAGCCCAGAACGGGACGAUGACGCUGCAAGAUCUGCAAAACUACACUGUGGCAAUCCGACCCCCCGUCAAUAUCACCUAUCGUGGGUAUCGGUUGUUCAGCUGCAGUGCACCGAGCUCGGGGGAAGUGGCCCUGUCUGUACUGAAGACGCUGGAAGGGUAUCCUGAUUUCUUCGCCAACGGCCAGGUCAAUUUGAGCACGCACAGAAUGGACGAGGCGAUCCGAUUUGGAUACGGGGAGCGAACGAACCUUGGAGAUCCCUCAUUCGUGGCCAACUUAUCCGCCUACCAAGCUGACAUGUUGACGCCCGAGUCGGCGGCGGAAAUUCGAAGCAAAAUCUCCGAUUACACCACACUCAACGUCUCGGCAUACGAUCCAUCUGGCAUCGAGUCCUUGGAGACUCCGGGGACGUCCCAUGUGGUGACGGCAGAUGCGUCGGGAUUGGCCAUCUCUCUGACAACGACGGUCAAUUUGCUGUUUGGAUCGAACCUCCUGGUGCCGGAGACGGGUGUGAUCAUGAACAAUGAAAUGAACGACUUUUCCAUCCCCGGUUCCUCCAACGCGUUUGGGUACAUGCCCAGUCCGAGCAACUACAUCCGUCCAGGCAAGAGACCGCUGUCCUCGAUAUCGCCCACCAUUGUGGAGUUUCCGAACGGGACACUCUAUUACGUGAUUGGAGCAGCUGGAGGGUCGAGGAUUAUCACGGCCACGAUCCAGAACCUGGUGCAUGUGCUCGACCAAAACAUGACGGCGCCGCAAGCGCUAGCGCAGCCUCGCCUGCACGACCAACUGAUCCCGAACCAAGUGUCGUUCGAGUAUGCCUACGACAACCAGACCGUGGCCUUCCUGAAAUCUCGGGGUCACAAUGUGACUUGGAUCGCCCCGGGGCAAAGCUCAGCCCAAGGUUUACGACGGCUCUCCAACGGCACCUUCGAAGCAGCAGGCGAGCCUCGCCAGCUCUCGUCGGGCGGAUAUGCUAUAUAG